GCAUUAACUUUUAAUGUCAGUCAAACCAAGUCUUCACACAUAAGUUGGUUGUCGUCUUCGUUGUCGUCAACCAUAUCAUUGAACCACAAGUUUAUAUACACUCGAAGACUAAGAGAGAGAGAGAGAGAGAGAGAGAGAGGAUCGACAUUAUGGUCGACGAAAAUCUUAUGGUCCGACUAUCCAUUGAUUGUCGAUCACUACUGGAACUGUUGACUAACUAUAUUGGAAAUUAUAUCGUCGGCGGCGAAUCAUCAGAUGCCGGCAUCGGUGACCACCACCGCAUGACAGCUGGUUUGUCAUCGAAAGCCGCCGCCGACGCCUGCGGCGGUGGUCACCACCCGAGAGCUGCCGCUGGUUUGUCAUCGAAAGAUGCCGCCGACGCAUGCAGUGGUCAUCGUAUGACGGCUGCCGCCGCUGGUUUGUCAUCAGCCGACGGGGUUAGAGGUUACCGCACGACAGGUGCCGCUGGUUUGUCAUCGGAAGCUGCCGACGCCCGCGGUGGUCAUCGUAUGACGGCUGCCGCUGGUCUGUCAUCGGCAGCGGCUCAUGUAGCCGCCGACGAUAGCAGAGGUCAUCAUCAGAGACCCGCAGCUGGUUUAUCAUCGAAAGAUGCCGACGCCAGCGGUGGUCAUCGUAUGACGGCUGCAGCUGGUCUGUCAUCGGCGGCGGCUCAUGUAGCCGCCGACGAUCUCAGAGGUCAACAUCAGAGACCUGCCGCAGGUUUGUCAUCGGCAGUUGCCGACCGAAUCGAUGGUCACCGUACUAGAGUUGCCGAUUGUAUGAUGUCGUCAUCGGAAAUCGGUGGUCCAAGUUAUCGGCAAUCAACGCGGCCGCUGUCAAGUCUAUCGUAUAGCAGUGAUAAUGGCGGCGGCGGUGGUGACGGUAAUGAUGGUUAUGGUCACAGAGCCGGUAGUCGUGGUGGUAGUCGCGGUGGUAGUCGUGCUGAGUCUCCCGAGGCUUUAGUGGUAGUGAACACAACCACAACCGAUACAGUCCUCCAUAGUCUACUGAACAAACUGAUACAACAGCUGAAGAUUAGUUUGAUAGCCAUUGACGGCACUGUCGGCGGCGAUGAUAAUGACGGGGACAAUAAUGGCGGCGGAAAUCAUUAUCCGAUGUCUAAAACUAGAAAACAAUUCUAUGAACAAGAAAUUGUCCGAAAACUACAAACGAUACGCCAGUCGGCCGCUCAGGGAUUCAUUAAUAAUAGACAUACGGAGAGCAACUAUCGGCAACUUGGCGUACAAAUAGUCAACUAUUGCGACGACUUUUUCAGCAGACAAUGUUCGGCGGCCACUAACUUUGGACAACAAUCUGAUGGCCACUUCGGCGGCGACGGCGAUAGUGGUGGUCGUCGUAUUGUGCAUUAAAACACCUGACAGAUAGGUCGGUCGGUCGGUCGUUCGGUAGUAGUAGUAGUAGUGGUGGUAGUAAUUCAUGGCCGCUACGACUACUCGGCCACCGCCGCCGCUAUUAGACGCACUUCACACACACACACAACCCUUAACACAUAAGAGGGGGUGUGGGGUGGGCUUCGGUAUAUAUAUAUAUAUAUUAAAAUAGCAGCUAACCGUCCUU